CAGGCGGAGGGGAAGAGGGGGGGGCGAGUCUUGUGAUGCUGACGGCAGCGGUCUGUAGAGCUGUCUGAGCGAAAAGGCAGCUCGGGUGUAAUUGCUGCCGGGCUCCGCUGUAAAACCUGCAUAUGUUGUUGUGAAAAGAUGGCGGACGAAGAGGGAGACGGGACUCGGUCGGGGCCGCCCUCGCUUCUGCACCCGCCGCCCAAGAGCGGCUCCGGGCCCUGCGGCACCGCCACCACGGUCGCGUCGGGCCCGCGGCUGGUCCGGAUCGUCAAGUCGGACUCGGGAUACGGGUUUAACGUGCGGGGGCAGGUCAGCGAAGGCGGACAGCUCCGCAGCAUUAACGGGGAGCUGUACGCGCCCCUCCAGCACGUCAGCGCCGUGCUGCCGGGGGGGGCGGCGGACCGAGCCGGCAUCUCCAAGGGCGACCGGAUCCUGGAAGUGAAUGGCGUGAGUGUGGAAGGGGCCACGCACAAGCAGGUGGUGGACCUGAUCCGGGCGGGCGAGAGGGAGCUGGUGCUGACGGUGCUGUCGGUGCCGCAGCCCGAGGCCGACAGCCUGGACCCCGGGGACGACUCCUCGGGCCAGUCCUUCUACGACUACACCGAGAAGCAGGCCGUGCCCAUCUCCGUGCCCACCUACAAGCACGUGGAGCAGGGCAGCGAGAAGUUCGUGGUGUACCACGUGUACAUGGCGGGCCGGCAGCUGUGCUCCAAGCGGUACCGCGAGUUCGCCAUCCUGCACCAGAACCUGAAGAGGGAGUUCGCCAGCUUCACCUUCCCCAAGCUGCCGGGCAAGUGGCCCUUCUCCCUGUCCGAGCAGCAGCUGGACGCCCGGCGCCGCGGGCUGGAGGAGUACCUGGAGAAAGGUGGGUCCUUCCUUAGAGGGAGGGGGGCGGGGCAGGGGGAGAGACCGCAAGCUGUCCCUCUCUCGCUGCAGGCGGUGGACGAUGUGAAGAAGGGCUUUAUCAAGGCCGAAGAGAAAGCCUAUCAGCUGCAGAAACUUGCUGAGCAGCGCAAGAUGACAAUGUACCUCAGUGUCCUGCAGUCCUGCGAGGGCUACAACGAGAUCAUCUUCCCUCACUGCGCCUGCGACUCCCGCCGCAAGGGCCACGUGAUCACGGCCAUCAGCAUACAGCACUUCAAGCUGCACGCCUGCACUGAGGACGGCACCCUGGAGAACCAGGUGAUCGCGUUCGACUGGGCCGAGAUGCAGCGCUGGGACACGGACGAGGAGGGCACUGCGUUCUGCUUCGAGUACGCCCGCGCCGAGAAGAAGCCACGCUGGGUCAAGAUCUUCACCCCAUACUUUAACUACAUGCACGAGUGCUUCGAGAGGGUCUUCUGCGAGCUCCGCUGGAGGAAGGAGGUGGGGUGUGAGUUCUGGGGCGGGGUGCGAGUGUGUGGUCUCAAGGGUCUCUCCCUUUCAGAAUAUCUUCCAGCUGUUGAGGUCACACAGAAGGGAUGGCGCCACCUAGGGGGCGAGAUCGUCACGUCCUGAGCAGGGCCGAGCCCAGACCCCACACGAGCAGAACCAGAACCACAUUUCAGAGCAGAGCGCCCCGAGGGAAGAGAGACCGGCUGGAGAGCACGCGACCCGACCCAACCCGACCCAACCCGACCCGACCCGAGAGAGCAGGGUCCCGGAGCGCCUUCUCCAGUUCUGGCGGAAAAGAAAGGGACUGAAAAUGCAGGACAGGGCUGUCCCUGGAGCGAGGGGCACGGGCCGGUCCGGUUCUGGGGUGGCAGAGGGAGAGCACGGAGUCAUGCGUUCGGACUGGGGAAGCGGCCGACCCCUUUGCUGUGUCCGGUCGGUUUCGGAUUCCGAUGGCUUCCUGCUCCGAGCUGCCAAGGUGAGGGCUGAGGAUUCCCACUCCCAGGCGGAGCGCCGCGCGUUCCCGGUCCAGUUCCUGCUGCCCAGUCUUUCCUCCGGCCUCCUGCUUCAGAGGGCUUUUAGGGAAGAGCAAGAAGAGGGGCGGCGGUGAGGUCUUGUCGUCGGCUCUCCGGGAAUCCAUUCGGAAUCUCCUGCUCUCCGGGCUUCAGUCACAAGCAUUCAGACGCGCUUGCUCUGUGGGAAUCCACUCGGAAUCUCCUGCUCUCCGGGAAUUGGACGCGCUUGCUCUCCGGGAAUCCAUUCAGAAACUCCUGCUCUCCGGGAAUCCAUUCAGAAAUUGCUGCUCUCCGGGAAUUGGACGCACCUGCUCUC